AGUGCGCAUGCGAGGCCACUGUACGGAAGCUCAGAAGGAGGGGGCAGGAGGCUGCGGCUCAGGUUUCUCUGGGUGGCGGCGGUGGCGGCGGUGGCGGCGGGUGGCAGCGGUGGCGGCAGCAGCAGCAAAGGAGACACGGCUGGCGAGGGCACGAUGGACCCGCUCUAAAGCGCAAGCUACGAGGCGCUGGGGGCUGGGGGGAGGGGGGAGGAGGAGGCCGCCGCAGUGAAGUUCUCCACCAUGAACCUGAGGGGCCUCUUCCAGGAUUUCAACCCGAGUAAAUUCCUCAUCUAUGCCUGUCUACUGCUAUUCUCUGUGCUGCUGGCUCUUCGUCUGGAUGGCAUCAUUCAGUGGAGUUACUGGGCUGUCUUUGCACCAAUAUGGCUGUGGAAGUUAAUGGUCAUUGUUGGAGCCUCCAUUGGAACUGGAGUUUGGGCACGAAAUCCCCAAUAUCGAGCAGAAGGAGAAACAUGUGUAGAGUUUAAAGCCAUGCUAAUUGCAGUGGGUAUCCACUUACUCCUGUUGAUGUUUGAAGUGCUGGUCUGUGACAGGAUCGAGCGAGGCAGUCAUUUCUGGCUUCUGGUCUUCAUGCCGUUGUUCUUUGUUUCCCCGGUGUCUGUUGCAGCUUGUGUUUGGGGCUUUCGACAUGACAGGUCACUGGAGUUAGAAAUCCUGUGUUCUGUCAACAUUCUCCAGUUUAUAUUCAUUGCCUUAAGACUGGACAAGAUCAUCCACUGGCCCUGGCUUGUUGUGUGUGUCCCACUGUGGAUUCUCAUGUCCUUUCUGUGCCUGGUGGUUCUCUAUUAUAUUGUAUGGUCUGUCCUGUUCCUGCGCUCCAUGGAUGUGAUUGCAGAACAGCGAAGGACACACAUAACAAUGGCACUGAGCUGGAUGACCAUUGUCGUGCCCCUUCUUACUUUUGAGAUACUGCUGGUUCACAAACUGGAUGGCCAUAAUGCAUUCUCCUGUAUCCCAAUAUUUGUCCCCCUUUGGCUUUCCUUGAUCACUCUGAUGGCAACCACAUUUGGACAGAAGGGAGGAAACCACUGGUGGUUUGGUAUUCGCAAGGAUUUCUGUCAGUUUCUCCUUGAAAUCUUCCCAUUUUUGAGAGAAUAUGGAAACAUAUCCUAUGACCUCCAUCAUGAAGAUAAUGAGGAAACAGAAGAAAUCCCAGUUCCAGAACCUCCUAAAAUUGCUCCUCUGUUUCGAAAGAAGACCAGGGUAGUUAUCACCCAGAGCCCUGGGAAGUACAUCCUCCCACCUCCCAAAUUAAAUAUUGAAAUGCCAGAUUAGACACCACUUCCUGUGGCAGAACCCAAGUGCACUGGGAUGCAUGCACUCCUCUACCUUCCUCUGCCUCUUUGUUGCAAUCCCUCCCAGAACUGGAACUGGAGCUAGAGUUCUAGGUACUUCCAUCUCAUGCCUUGUUUGCACUCAGUGCCUGCCGGUGACUCAGCACAAUGGGACACACAGGUGGCAGGUGAAUGGGACAUGUGUAGUGGUUUAGGGUGUGUCAGUGGUUGUGGAUGCAUUGGAGGGAGCACGUGUGAGAGGGAGAGAUCAAGCUGGUUCAGACCCAUUGGUGAUGGCUAAUUAGGCUAGAGAAGUAACAUCUAUAGUGCUGGUUUUCAAAGAUCUAAAAUUCCUAUCAAAAGUGUUAUUUGAAAAUUAUUUUUAAACCAGGCCAGCAUCACCUUAGCUCGAAUUCUCCUAUUGUGGCAUGGUCAGUAGGAACUGUAAAUAGACGUUUCUGGCACCACAUGUGUAUCCACACCAUCAUUACUGUUUGUGUUCUUGCUGUGUAAAUAGUUUCUAUUUGGGCAUGCUGACAGCAGUUUUUAAUGGCACAUCAGUGAUCCCUUUCUAAUGGAGUGACUGUGCUUGUAUAGUAUUUAUAUAAAUAGUUUAGCAUUGUAAUAUACCAUGUUAAAUCCUAGUUCUGUACAGUAUAUUCUGUUACAGUGUUUUUAUGCAAGCUUGUACUGGAGACAUACACGUUCUGUUGCAGAAGUAGAAGUUGGUGGUACACCUGUUCCAUCCACUGUGGUGCCACCUCUUAACAGGACAUCUCUAUUUCCUCUUGAAUUUCUCUACAUACAUAGUAGCUGCUACUGCAGAGCAGCCACAAUAAGCAAGAAAUGCCUGUAUUUUUCUAACAUUCUGGGAAUAUUGGCUUGCGAGAAAACUAGUACUAUUUGAAACUGGAACACCGAAGGAAGUUUCUGAGACUAGGAACAGCCAGUGGAAUUAUGUAUAUGAGAAGAUAUGAGGCUUUUUGUCUGCCCCCAACAAGAAUGCUUGUGUCUGGACCCUUGCUUUUGAGUAGGAGGGCAGUUGCUUCAAGAGUUGGUGGUAAAGCCAAGUGUCAAAGAGGAAGAAAUCAGAUCCUAUAGGUAACAGCCUCCUGCCUGGGAACAAGUAGGCCAUUUUAUAAAAGAGGGUAAAAGGAGCACUGACAUUCUCAUCCAGAAAAAGAGUAGAGGGUUUAAGGCAGGCAUCUGCCAACUUGCCUAAACCAGGCUCAACUGAUGUCCACCACAUAUGUGACUGUAGCCUGGCCCUGGCUACCAGCCAGACUGUUCUGUCUAGGGGGAAGGGAGACAUUUGGAAUGGUGUAUCCUUUCCUGUUUGGUGUGUAACAAAUGUAGAUCAGUCUACUAUUUUUGUUUCCUUUAGCUUGUUCAAUAAACUGGUUCCUCAUUUUCAA